CAGCGAGGGCAGAGGCCACUUUGGGAUCCGGAGGUCUGAGGAGGGUCCCUGCAGGACGGGCACACGGGAUGAACGCGGAUUUGUUUCCCUGUGUGAACACGCAUCAGUCCCGCUGCUUCAUGUCUGUCUCCUCCGCCAGCCGGGCAGUGCGCACUAUCUCCGGGCCCGGCGGCUGCUGACUGGGAAAACAAGAAGAGCAAGAAGAGAAAAAAGGUCCAGCAGGAGAAGACUCGCCUCUGAAACUGGAUGCACGUAGUGUUAUUUUUGAUAUUUCGUGAGUGAAGUGGCGCUAUGGACAACUUUUUGAAGAGUUUGAUCUGGAUGCUUUCCUUGUUUCCAAACGUGAGAAGUGACGCUGAUCCAGGUCUGUCAGUGGAUACAGAUGGUCUUGCUGAAGCUCAGAGUGGAGCUGCACCCACAGCCGAAGCUCCUCAAGGUUACUUCCUGGAAUUCCAGGAACCGGUCAACAACAUCACUCACUUCCAGGGCCAGACAGCCACGCUGCACUGCAAAGUGACAGGAAACCCACGACCGUCCAUCCGCUGGCUGAAAAAUGAUGCCCCUCUGGCCCAGGAGCAGGGACGCAUAUUCAUCCGCAAGACAGAGGCAGGAUCCAAGCUCCGCAUCCAGGACCUGGACACGACAGACACUGGCUAUUAUCAAUGUGUGGCCUCCAACUCACUCAAGGAAAUCAAUGCCACAGGCGUCCUGUAUGUCAAACUAGGACAGAUGCCCACACAUGGCCCAGAUGAAUCGUCGCAUGAAAAAGGUUUCUGCCAGCCCUACCGAGGCAUUGCCUGCGCUCGCGUCAUUGGCAACCAGAGUAUUUAUGUUGAGUCUCUGCAGAUGCAGGGGGAGAGUGAAAACCGCAUCACAGCUGCCUUCACUAUGAUUGGCACCUCCACCCACCUAUCAGAUACGUGCUCUAAGUUCGCCAUCCCAUCCUUCUGCUACUACGUCUUCCCUCUGUGUGACGAGGGCAGUCGAGCCCCUCGGCGGCGUCAGCUCUGUCGAGAUGAGUGCGAGGCCCUGGAGAACGACCUGUGCCACACAGAGUACACCAUUGCCCGUUCCAAUCCCAUGAUCCUAAUGCAGCUAGAACUCCCCACCUGCCACCUGCUGCCCCGGCCGGGCACUCCUGACGCUGCUUCAUGCAUGAGGAUUGGAGUGCCACCAGAAAAACUGGGUCCAUAUGACCCCUCAGACCACAGCUGCUACAAUGGAAGUGGGGCUGACUACAAGGGCACAGUCAGCAUCACUAAAUCUGGUCAUCACUGCCAGCCAUGGAGCUCUCAGUACCCUCAUAGUCACCACCUGUCCCAGGACUACCCCGAGCUCUGGGGAGGGCACAACUUCUGUCGUAACCCAGGGGGCCAGAUGCAGGCACCCUGGUGUUUCACCCUGGACCCUAAGUUCAGGGUGGACCUGUGUGACAUCCAGCCCUGCAAGCCUCCAGAGAACCCCCGGAACGAGAUUCUGUUCAUUCUAAUCCCUGCGAUUGCCAUCCCAUUGGUCAUCGCUUGCCUCUUCUUUCUAGUUUGCAUGUGUCGCAAUAAGCAAAAGGCAGAAACUGACACACCACUUCGAUGCCAGCACAGCAACUCACCGAGCCAGGACGUUGAAAUGUCUCACCUCGCUCAGCAAAAGAACCAGGGCAAGCUGCGGGAGAUUAACAUGUCAGCAGUACGGUUUAUGGAGGAGCUUGGCGAGGACCGGUUUGGCAAGGUUUACAAGGGCCACAUGUAUGGCACUGGCCCUGUGGAGCAGACCCAGGUAGUGGCCAUCAAAACAUUAAAGGACAAGGUGGAUGUCUCUCUCUGUGAAGAAUUUCGCCAUGAAGCCAUGCUCCGCUUUCACAUACAACACCAAAACAUUGUUUGUUUGCUGGGUGUGGUCACCAAAGAGCAGCCAAUGAGCAUGUUAUUCACCUACUCGGCCCUCGGGGAUCUGCAUGAGUAUCUGGUAAUGCGCUCACCCAACUCAGAUGUUGGCAGCUCAGAUGAUGACAAGACAGUGAAAUCCACACUGGAGCAGGCUGAUUUCCUUCACGUCAUCACUCAGAUUGCUGCCGGAAUGGAGUACCUUUCCAGCCAACAAAUAGUCCAUAAAGACCUUGCUGCCCGAAACAUACUGGUCUUUGAUAGACUCACUGUUAAGAUCCUGGAUCUGGGUCUGUUCAGAGAUGUCUACUCUGCUGAUUACUACAAUCUCAUGGGCCCAAGCCCUUUCCCCAUUCGUUGGAUGUCCCCAGAGGCUAUUAUGUAUGGCAAGUUCUCCACCGACUCCGACAUCUGGUCUUAUGGUGUCUUGCUGUGGGAGACUUUCAGUUAUGGUCUGCAGCCAUAUUGUGGCUACUCCAACCAGGACGUGAUCGAGAUGGUGCGCAGCCACCAGUUACUGCCUUGUCCCGAUGACUGCCCAGCCUGGAUUUACAGCCUGAUGCUGGAGUGUUGGAGUGAAUUUCAAGCAAGACGGCCUCGCUUCAAGGACAUCCACACACGUCUGCGCUCCUGGGAAAGCCUGUCCAACUAUAACAGUUCUGUUCAGACUUCUGGCACCAGCAACACUACCCAGACCAGCUCUCUCAGCACCAGCCCUGUGAGCAACAUCAGUAUGAGCACGGCAAAUGCAUCACGCUACACCAGCCCCAAAAAGACCUCGCCGUUCCAUCAGCCCCAGUUUAUGCCCAUGAAGGGUCAAAUGCAUCGAGCGAUGGGUCCCCCACAGCUCUACAUCCCUGUCAAUGGAUAUCACCCCAUGCCAACUUACCCAUACCUGCAAAACUUUUACCCCAUGCAAAUACCCAUGCCCAUUACCCACCAGCAGAUUCACCACCCACCACAGAUGGCUACCAAAGCUGGUUCUCAUCAUAGUGGCAGUGGAUCCACAUCUACAGGCUACGUCACCACUGCCCCUUCCAACACUUCUGUCACAGAGCGAGCAGCUUUGCUUAAUGAGGACUCCAAGACCAACAAUGAGGACUUGGCUGACAAGACGUCUCAGGAAGAGCGAGACCAAAACAAGGACUUGUUAGUACCUGAAACAGAAUUGCUAGGUGACAGUGACCCACCACAGACUGACGAAUUGGUGAUACACUUGUCAGACACAUAAGUGUUGUGCUGUUUGAAGACCAAUACAGCUGAAAUCUUCUGUGAGCUAUGCUUGCCAAAAAUUCAAUAAGCAGCAUAGAGUGAAGUGAGCAGUUUUGUGGAACAGUGACUGAAUAUUUUUUUAUACAUUUCUUAGAUAGUACUGCCACAUUUUAAUGUCAAGUAUUCCUUAUGUUUGCUCCUCUGUGUUAACAAUUCAGCAAAAAAAAAUCAUGUAAUUCUUCAUACACGUUAUUUUGAUGUUGCCAUUCAGAGGAAGGUUUGUUCUAGUUGUUGCUGUGCAACACAAAACAUUUUUCAUCCACAACUACACUGCAAAAAAGGUGUGUCUAAAAACAAGAUAAAAAUGCUAAGUCUGAGGGAAAUGAUCUUGCUGCAUCGACAGAUAAUUUCACUUGACAAGAUUUCUUAAAUUAAGAUUGUUAAAUCUAGAAAUAAGCAUGUUGAACACUUAAAAUAAGAAAUCAACUCUUAAAACAAGAUUAAUUAUCCAACACUUCUUAAUCUAAGUUUUUUUUUUUUUUAUCUUGGUAAGAAACAAACAAUUUGCAGUGUACUUCAGAGGGUGCCUUGCCUGUCUGUGCCUUGCACAGACAGGACUUCUUGUUUGGCAAAAAGUGAAAAAAUGCCUCACCCUUUUCCCACUCACUUACAAUGACAGUUACCAAGCCAGAGGUAAUGCUACCAGAACCCACACUUUUGAUACUUUUCUACUUUGAAGAAUCUUUGAACAAUAGAAUGUAUGAUGAAUAGAAAUGCCGUCAGAGUUUAGGAAAAAAAAUGUUUAUGGCUAACUUUGUUAAUAAUUAUACUCACUAGGGGUGUGAUGAUACUCUCAGCUCACGAGACGAGACACGAUAUUGGGUUCACGAGAACGAGACGAGACGACAAUGACACAAAAUAUGACUGGACCAACAGACUUUUAUUUAACCGAGUUGCACAUGCAUUUUGAAAUGUUUUAUGAUAACUCUUUACAUGCAUGAUGUAAGCAUGAGCUUUUAGUGAACUACUUCUUCCACAAAUUUAAAAACUAAAACUAAAAUUUAUAAAAGUUAAAAUAAGAUGAAAAAAACAAUAAAAUCCCCCAGAGGGAUUAACGAGACUCCGGAGGUGAUGUAUGGUUUUCUAUCGUCGCCCAAUCGCUUAGCGACAGUUUCGACCGUGAUCCGUGAUCACAUGCAUGACUAACAUGAUUAAACACGGGAGACGCAACUGUGGCCGCCGUUGCUAACAGCACAACAUCAGCAGCUGAUCAAAACAAAGCAGCAUGGCUAAUUAACAUAAACAUAGGGAUCUUGAAUUAACCAGCAUCACUAACUGUGCACAGAGUGUCUGGUGCUUGUUGUAAACAAACAGAGAUCGCUAAGUGAACACCUCCUGCAGCAGCAGCACAUACACACUGUACUGCUACAGAGCUAACUGUUAGCCUAUUAGCAAUUGGCAGACUCCGGCUCUGCAGCUGGGAGAGACUGCUGCAAGAGGACUGUGCUGCUUCGAUUCGUUCCCACUCUUCUUAACGAGCCCCUGUGACGUCAUUCUGGCUGCUUGCUGCUUCUCCUCCUCUUCUUCUUUUCUUUUUACUGCCCCCCAGGUCACAAAUAGAAGUUUGGAUAACUCAUAAAUCUCGCGAGACUGAAUUUCAACGUGACGAGAAAUAUCGUUGAGUUUAAUCUCGCGAGAUCUCGCGGCACAAGAUCUUGUCACACCCCUAAUACUCACAGAUGUAUUUUGGAAUUUUGGAAGAACCAAAAAUCCUUCUUAUUCCAGGCCAAAGUUCACAUGACAGUGACGGUAAUCGUUGAUCAUCCACUUUCAUAACCAGAUUGUACAGAUUUGUAAUUUAUGUACUUUGAUGUGAACAUUUUAUUUGUGUAUAGUUUUUCUUUAUCGGUGAAGGUUCCUAAGCCUGGUGUUAGUACAAUAUAUUUUCCAACCCAUGUUUGCUUUGUUUAAGUAGUGUUUUGCUUACCAUAUAUUAUGUACAUCCAUCUAUGGAGUUUCCAAUAAAAUUGUAUGAAUAAAAUGGUGUACUUUGCCCCAUUGUGC